AUUUCCUCAGCUGAUUGGUCAGACCUGUGACUAUUUUCCCGCCCCUUCGUUCGAGCCCUCCUUCCCCUCGCGCCUCCCAGAACCUUCCAGGCCGCUGCAGUUCGAGACACGCCGUCAAAAUGUUCGGCCAGCAGGUUUUAGUGCUCAAUCAGAACAUAAAGAGAGAGUCUGGACGUAAAGUCCAGACUGGAAACAUCAACGCUGCCAAGACCAUCGCUGAUGUGAUCCGGACCUGCCUCGGCCCGCGGGCCAUGAUGAAGAUGUUGCUUGAUCCCAUGGGAGGAAUUGUGAUGACCAACGAUGGAAACGCCAUCCUCAGAGAGAUCCAGGUCCAGCAUCCCGCAGCCAAGUCAAUGAUCGAGAUCAGCCGCACACAGGAUGAAGAGGUGGGAGAUGGGACCACGUCGGUUAUCAUACUGGCUGGAGAGAUGCUGUCUGUAGCUGAGCAGUUCCUGGAGCAGCAGAUGCAUCCGACGGUCAUCAUCAGCGCCUACAGACAAGCUCUGGAGGACAUGCUGGACGCUCUGAAGGAGAUAAGCACCCCUGUGGACACGUCGGACCGCUCUAUGAUGCUAAAGAUCGUCCACUCUGCCAUCAAUACCAAAGCUCUGAGCCGCUGGUCCGAGCUAGCCUGCAGCAUCGCGCUGGACGCCGUCCGCACUGUGGAGCUGGAGGACAAUGGACGUAAGGAGAUCGACAUCAAGAAGUACGCCAAAGUGGAGAAGGUUCCAGGUGGGAUCAUUGAGGACUCGUGUGUGCUGAGAGGCGUGAUGGUCAACAAAGAUGUGACUCACCCGAGGAUGAGGCGCAUGAUCAAAGAUCCCCGAAUCGUCCUGCUGGACUGCUCUCUGGAAUACAAGAAGGGAGAGAGCCAGACGGACAUAGAGAUCAGUAAGGAGGAGGACUUUGCCAGGAUCCUGCAGAUGGAGGAAGAAUACAUCCAGCAAAUCUGUGAGGACAUCAUCCGUGUCAAACCAGACCUGGUCUUCACUGAAAAGGGCAUCUCAGAUCUGGCUCAGCACUACCUGAUGAAGGCGAACAUCACCGCCAUCCGCCGUGUGAGAAAGACUGACAACAACCGCAUCGCCAGGGCAUGCGGGGCUCGUAUCGUCAGUCGAACCGACGAGCUGCGUGAGGAGGAUGUGGGUAUGGGGGCGGGACUGUUUGAGGUGAAGAAGAUCGGCGAUGAGUAUUUCACCUUCGUCACUGAGUGUAAAGACCCCAAAGCCUGCACCAUCCUGCUGAGAGGAGCCAGCAAAGAGAUCCUCGCUGAGGUGGAGAGGAACUUGCAGGACGCCAUGCAGGUGUGUCGUAAUGUGCUGCUGGACCCGAUGCUGCUGCUGGGUGGCGGUGCCGUGGAGAUGGCGGUGUCGAAGCGUCUGAUGGAGCGUUCCCGCGCUCUGACGGGCAUCGAGCAGUGGCCGUACCGAGCCGUUGCCCAGGCCCUCGAGGUCAUCCCCCGAACCCUGAUCCAGAACUGUGGAGCCUCCACCAUCAGAGUGCUCACGUCUCUGAGGGCCAAACACACUCAGGACGACGGCGUGUGUUGGGGUGUGGACGGUGAGACGGGCUGCCUGGCUGACAUGUCGGCUCUGGGCAUCUGGGAGCCCCUGGCGGUUAAAGCUCAGACCUACAAGACCGCCGUCGAGACGGCCAUCCUGUUGCUGCGUAUCGAUGACAUCGUCUCUGGUCACAAGAAGAAGGAUAAAGACGGUCAGAUGGGAGGACAGGGAGCCGAGUAGAUCCACGAUCCACAUCAGUCCAGAUCAGCUUCAGAGUCACUGUGUCUUUGUGUGUGUGUGUGUGUGUGUGUGUGUGUGUGUGUGUGUGGACCCGACGACUCAUUGAAACUUAAAAAAAUGUUCAUAAAGUCCAAGUUAGACACCUC